AUGAUUCGACGACGACGACCUCGAGGACAGGGGAGCCCUCCGCAGAAGCUCCUGCUCGCCGUAGCCUUUCUUCUAGUUCCAUGGCUUCAGCUCGCCGAUGCCCAAGCCCGUGAACAGCCCCGAGCAGCAAUCCGCCCACACCAUGACGAUGUCUCCGGAAGCCGUCGCUCACUCCACGAUGAUUCCGCCAUCCAAGCCCUAGCUGUCACCAAGCUAAGCGACGUCGAUCCAGCUCUCAAGACAGCAGCCCUCGGUAGCGAGCGCCCAUCCUUCGACAAGGUCGACCAGCUGCACGCUGCACACCUUCACCGCCGUGACACUCGAAGCAAGCGACUUGACAAAUCACGUCAACACUCCGCCCACAGCGACCGAAAUAGCAAACAACAACCAAAUAUUCAUAUUCCUAGCGAUGCGAGCGCCCUCGCAACUUUAGCUCCGGAUCAGUCCGUACGAGCACCACAUCCCUCACGACAUCAAAAGCCCAGCAGCGCUGCUGCCUCUGGGCUGGUAUCGCCGCAUGUUGCGCGGAGUCUGGAGGAUUGGGAAGUGGAAGACUUUGUUCUUCUGGCGACCGUCGAUGGAGACCUCUAUGCCAGCGAUCGAAAGACGUUGAAAGAGCGCUGGCAUCUUGAGGUGGACCAACCCAUGGUCGAAACAAAGCAUCACAGAUCCAACAGCUCCAUCCUCGACGAAGACUUUAGCGCCAUCGACCAUUACAUCUGGGCUGUCGAGCCUACACGAGAUGGCGGCCUCUUUGUCUGGGUUCCCGACUCCGACGCCGGCCUCAUCCGCACCGGCUUCACCAUGAAACGCCUCGUCGAAGAGCUAGCUCCCUUCGCCGAUGAUAGAACAUCCGUCGUGUACACUGGGGACAAAAAGACGACACUCAUUACUCUCGACGCCGCCACCGGCAAGGUUCUCAAGUGGUUUGGCUCUGGCGGGUCUCACGUCAACGAGGCGGAGAGCUGCUUACGCCCCAACACUCUCUACAACAUGGACAUGGAUGAGUGUAGUUCCACAGGCACAAUCACUCUUGGACGUACAGAGUACACUGUUGGCAUCCAGCGCCGAGAUGGCAAGGCCCUUGCCACGAUCAAAUAUUCGGAAUGGGGGCCAAACAAUUUUGACCAUGACCUCUUGACCCAGUACCACUCAUCACUAGACAGCCGAUACUUUACCAGUAGACACGACGGCAAGGUCUAUGCCUUUGAUCCAACUCGAAACGAGCUUCCUUCCAUAAACGAAAAGUUCGCAACACCCGUCGCCCGAGUCUUUGACGUCUGCCGCCCUUGGGAUGCUCCGACCGACAGCAACCCUGAAUUGGUCGUUCUCCCCCAGCCCCCAAUGCCAUCCCGAGAUGAGGAUAUUGCUCGGAUUAGGAGCCAGAGUAUCUUUCUCAACCGUACAUCUACGGGCAGCUGGUAUGCCAUGUCAGGCCGAUCCUAUCCACUAAUCAUUGACGCCCCGAUGGCUCCCGUCAGCAACCCUGACUGGCUUGACAAUUACCCUCCCUUGGAUACUCUCGACCAUAAGAGCGUUUCCAAGGCUCUGGUUGGCACUCAUGUUCUUGAAGCUUCCCAGAAAGGCAGCUGGCGACGGCCGUCAUUGCCUUCUGGUGAGAGCGGACAUGAAUAUCUUGAUGGCGAACACAACGAGUCUGAAAACGAAUCCCCUUACCAGAUCGAGGUUUCGGAUAGCGAUGAUGCCAGCCUUCUCAACAAGGUGAAGUCCCUCCCGCAGCAUGCCGCGACAAGCCUGAUCGAUUUUGUUAAAAACCCGACGCUCAUCAUCAUUUUCAUCGCCUUGCUCAUAUACAAUGAGAACAAAAUCAGACGUUCCUACCACCAGAUGAAGGAGAAUGGCUUCUCCGUACCCUUUGAUUGGUUUGGCAAGGAAACAGACCAAAGUCUAAGCCCGGAUAAGUAUGGGGAAUCGGACCUCUUGUCAAAUGCGAACAUAGCCUGCGAUGAGCCCCAGAUUAUUGGAGCAGAGAAUCAAACCACCACACCUGAAGCCAUUCCCAAGAUCAGAGAGCCAAUCGCAGACCAAAGCAGCAAUGACAGCGACCGGACAACCCCGGAGCAGGCCAGAUUGCGCGAUAAUGCAGCAGACCAGGGACUGGAGGUUCCGAAUGCAGACGGUGAGGCCGCCUCGCCUGGUGGGAAGAAGAAGAAGGCUCAUCGUGGUCGCCGAGGAGGUGUGAAGCAUCGCAAGAAACCACAGCGAGAAGGGUCACAGUCGCGAGACGAUGAACCUGGUCCAAAGACAGUCGAUGAUGCCGUCACCUCCGCAAAGAAACUUGGGGAGGAGCGCCAGAAACUGGAGCCUGAUGUCAUGACUGUUGCGCCAAGCGAUAUGCAAGGUAUCGGUAAUCCCGUCAUUCGGAUGGGGAAUAUUGAAGUCAACACAGAGGACCAACUUGGAACUGGCAGCAACGGAACACUCGUCUUUGCUGGUAAAUUCGAUGGGCGUGAUGUCGCUGUCAAGCGCAUGUUGAUUCACUUCUACGAUAUUGCGGUCCAAGAGACCAAGCUCCUCAGAGAGAGUGACGAUCAUCCAAAUGUUAUCCGAUAUUAUUCUCAGCAGGUGCAAGAUGGUUUUCUGUACAUUGCCCUCGAAAAGUGUGCAGCCUCCCUGGCUGAGGUUGUUGAGAAGCCGCAUAUCUUCCGUGAUCUUGCCAAUGCCGGCCGUCAAGACCUCCCAGCCAUCCUAUACCAAAUAACGAAUGGUAUCAACCACCUGCACUCUCUUCGUAUCGUCCACAGAGACCUCAAGCCUCAAAAUAUUCUUGUCAACAUGGGCAAAGAUGGAAGACCGCGUAUGUUGGUUUCCGACUUUGGUCUUUGCAAGAAGCUGGAAGGCGGACAGUCAUCGUUCGGUGCUACUACUGGAAGGGCCGCGGGCACCUCAGGCUGGCGCGCACCCGAGCUCCUUCUAGACGAUGACGCUCGUGAUGCUGGUCUCGUUGAUCUGAGUUCUCAUAGCGUUGGUUCCGGCUCUGUACUUGUGAUGGAUGGCAUGAACCAAACUAGCCGCCGUGCGACACGUGCUAUCGACAUCUUCUCGCUCGGCCUUGUGUUCUAUUACGUCCUCACAAAUGGAUCCCAUCCAUUCGACUGUGGAGACAGAUAUAUGCGCGAGGUCAACAUUCGCAAAGGCAACUUCAACCUUCACCUCCUCGACUCACUUGGAGACUUUGCGUACGAGGCCAAAGACCUGAUUGGGUCGAUGUUGGCGGCCGAUCCCAAGCAGCGACCUCCCGCGAGAGAAGUCAUGGCACAUCCCUUCUUUUGGUCGGCUAAGAAACGGCUCGCUUUCCUCUGUGAUGUUUCGGACCACUUUGAAAAGGAAUGUCGAGACCCGCCAUCCGAGGCGCUCCAGGAACUGGAGAGGCACGCAUCGCAAGUUACCAGGGGCGAUUUCCUCCGCCAACUCCCUCGUGAGUUUGUGGAUUCCCUCGGGAAGCAGCGCAAAUACACGGGUACCAGACUCCUCGAUCUCCUCCGUGCCCUCCGUAAUAAGAGAAACCACUACGAGGACAUGCCGGACUCGCUCAAGCGAACCGUCGGCCCUCUGCCCGAUGGCUAUCUCAGCUUUUGGACAACUAAAUUCCCCAUGCUGCUCCUGGAUUGCUGGAACGUUGUCUACAACGUGAGGUGGGAGGAGACGGACCGGUUCAGGGAGUAUUAUGAACCUGCCGGGCUGUAA